AUGAUAUCCGACUACGAACCGCAGAUCAUGGACCCGAAAGCCAGAACGAGUCCACACAACCGAGAGUACGACUUCGCAGUUAGUCUCAAUUUCGAUGGAGAUAUUCUAGAUUACGCUAUGGAUGGUGGGGUGACAAUCACACCGCGACGAAGAAGAAUCAGGGAAGGAGGACUGGUAGCGGAGUAUGUCGUGGUUUUAAAUCGUCAACCUCUAGCGGAUGUGGUGGUACAGGCUCAAGACGUACGUCUACUGGAUCCAAGUGGAAUUCCUGUUCAACAGCUUCAGUAUUUGACACCCCAGCGUGUAGUAUUCACACGUGCGAACUGGAACCGCGAACAGUUGAUACGGUUAAAAGCGGUAGACGACAAUCUAGCUGAGGGUCGUCACUACGCUGUUGUGACUCAUUCCGUGACCAGUACGGACCCGAAUUUUGAUGGCGCUGGCACUCCGUUUCUCGCUGGUCGUAAUGUAACCAUACAGAUCGACGACAAUGAUCUCGCUGGGAUUUCUCUCUCGAGACGACACGUUUUUAUCGCUGAAGGUGGCGGUAACGAUAGCUACAAAGUUGUACUAACGUCAAGGCCGUGGCAUCCCGUGAAGGUUGUGAUAAAACCGCUACAUGCUAACCAAACGACUGCGACACCCGCUGUACUCAACUUCGAACCCGAAGCCUGGGAUAAACCACAACAAGUGCUCGUAAGUGCUGUCGACGACGUCGAUUCCGAAGUGGAAUAUGGAGGUCUGUAUACCGGAGGUCCGUUGCUUCACUACUCUGAGAGCAGGGAUAUCCGAUAUCACACUCGUCGUCCACAAUGUUUUGAUGUGCCCAAUUGUGAUCCAUCCGAUGCGUCACUUUGUUUAUUGCCCCAGAACGAGCUGCAAACUGGCCAAACCUCGAUUCGAGUCUGCGAUAUAACGAGCGAGUGCACUUUUGCACAAGGCAAUGGAGCGUGUAUCGCUAACGUGGUGAAUGGUAAUGGCACAAUCCCUGCCCGAUUCGGGAAUCAGCACUUAAACCCUAACAACGGGGUCGGUGUUUCUGAAGAUAUGAGCUACGAGGAUCUCGUAACAGUGUUAGCAGCGGAGAAACGCGACUCGAACUUAACAACUUUAUCAGACCAGAACAUUUCGAUAUUGGAAUUUGCACCUCCACCUCCUGAACUUCGAGGCUUCGUGUUGAGUUUUCUUGGUCUGAUGAACGUUGGGCAGGCUAGGAAAAUGAGUGCAAACCCUAGAAAUGUCCAACAUACGGUCUGUGCUGGUUUAGUACGAUUGGAGACAAUGCGUUGGGUCUUCGAAGAGUGGCCUAAAGGGUACGUGGACCGCGUUCUCGCCGCCACCUUCGCGAUGUUCCCUCAGAGUUACUCUCUUGAGCGGCAUUCAUGGAAUUGUGGCAUGGCUAACUUUCUUCCUAAUAAUGAAAUCGCCGUGAGUAUCUGGGAUAAUGAUCCUGGUGUUACGCUGUCUACCACAACGCUGGAGGUCACUGAAGGGGAUAAUAUGGGAGCUACAUACGAUGUCGUUUUGAACGCUCCACCAUCGAUUGGAGGUCUUGCAACGGUUAUUGACUGUGAUGAUGAAACGCGGACAUCGUCGGUUUAUUGUACGAAAAAGCAGUCGGACAAGUGUGGGUUUUGGGGUGAAAACUUCUCGACGCUGGCUGCUACAAUCUAUGAUCAAAGCGCGUGGAGGACAAAAAAUGGAGUCGAACAACCGAAUAUUAGCAUCGCAAUUGUCGGCAACUCGCAGGUGACAAUUUCGCCUUCGCUCUUAACCUUCACAGCCACAAAUUGGUUCGUUCCUCAGCGUGUCACGGUGCGAGCCGUGGAUGAUUCUGUGUCGGAACUCAACGUGAGCUAUACACUUUCACAUCGGAUACAGAAUUCGGUCUACGGGUACACGAAUCAAACCGCGUUUUGGUUCUGGAAGACAAACACACUGGCUACUGCUUUUCAUACCAGUUGGAAGACUGAGGGUGGUUCAAUUCCUUACAACUCUCUACCGACUGUCCUCCACUCGCCAGAUCACGUUCUGGUUAAUGUUUUCGUACGGGAUAACGACGUCGCUCAGGUCGAUGUUGUGGUUAGUCAGCCUAAGUCGAAGCUGGUAACUAAAGAGGCCAGUGAUGCAAUGAACUGGGUGGGAGACUACGUGACUGCGCUGGCAUUUCACGAUGUGUCAGUGUCAAAAGCAACAAAAACAGAAGAGUCGUUGAAGAAUAUUCUCGUAUUCGCAUCUGAAGUGAAGACUUUUAUGAAGUUUCAUCUGCCGCGUUUACAUGAUGGAGACACGUCGCUUCGCUACUCUGGGGCCACUCUACUACUUCACCAGACGCCCUACAAGGUCUUCAAUGUGUCCGAGAUGAAUAGCGACAACUCGACUGGAAGUGGCUCUUCCACUGGUGCCGCGAGUUUCACGAAGGAAUAUUUACUUAAAGUGACGGCUGUGGACAAUGCGUGGACCACGGAGACGAUUCGUUCAGGAGCUGCAACGCCCCAACCUCUGUCGUUUGUAGCGAAUAGAGCAGCGAUAAAGGUUUUAGCCAAGGUGGAGAAAAGUCGCUCGAUCGAGGUAGAUAUUUCCCCACUUGUAGAGAGGAUUCUACCCACACGACUAUCCGCGCUUUCUCUACAGAUUGAGGUGCUUUCGGAAGGCGGAACUACGGACUCGAUCGCUACAACUCAACUGUGCUCGUCUGUAUUUGAGAGGAAGCUUCGUCCACUUUUGUCUCUGUCGUACGAGUUCCCGAAUUUACUACGUGGCUUGACCUCAGCGCAGAGCUCCACUGCGAUAUCUGCAAUAACCAACCAGCCGCUAGAAGCUUCAAUUGCCACCAACGGGGCAAAGUACGGUGAUUCCAUUACUAGUACCGCUCCUGUUGCAACGACUACAAACGAAAGUGACCCGUGGUGGGAGGUGACAAUCCCUCAAUUAACCAAGCUAGGAACCGUGGCGAUUUUUCUAUCAGCGUCCGUGGUCGAAGGGAACUCUCGUGGAUUUAACCUCGUGGUUAUUGCUUCACUGAAGGCGUUUGACUCAAAAGCUCUAACUCUAAGUGAAGCCUUAAGUUAUGGCUGUCCAAGUGCUUGUCCCCACGCAGAGCGAUUCCCCGUCCGUAAGGGGAUUUUACUCUGGGAGGUGCAGGCCGGUGCAGUUGCAGUGCGAAUCUACCGAGAAGGGAUCGGUAUACUACGAUUAGCACAAGUGCAAGCGUUUGAAUCCUUCAUCUCGGUGACAACAACAGCAGACGGAACAGGGAUCCGUUCGAGAUUGAAGUCGGAUUGGGGACCGAGUCCCGCACUGCUACAAUCGUGGCAUCUGUUGCAGACUGUAAGGAGAUCUGAGACCGAAAACUUGGCUGUUGGAAUGGCUACAAGACAGAGCAGCACUAAUCCGCAUCAUGCGCUGUCUCACUUGGCUGUAGACGGGCUACGACAUUCCAUUUGGGACCCUCUCAUUCUCCAGAGGGAAGACGAUAAUUCAAUGGCGGCUGCUAGUACAAGAGCUGAAGGAAUGGAUCCAUGGUGGGAAGUGGAUCUGGGGAGUAUCAAUCCUAUUCAGGCGGUAGUACUCUAUCCAUACGUGGGUAGUAAUUAUGAUGAGCUCUGUGCCCCAACAUCCACUGGAAAGAACGGGUACCCAGAAUGGAGUGGAGAUCUCUUUGACUUCAGUCACAUGGAUUCGCUACUGCAACUUAAGGCGCCAUUCGCUCAGCAAUUUGACGUGCUUUUAUCGGAUCAACCGCUAACAAAAAGUGAUGGGACAGCGUCAGGAGCUGCAGUCACAGCUAGCAAGACACUGACGUUCUCAUGUGCUAACUACACCAACUCGAUUAUGUGGGGAAACGUAUUCUCGAACGCUCGGUUCGUGACUGUACGAAAGCGUGGAGCUGGCGUUUUGAUGCUGAACGAGGUGGAAGUUUUACGCUGGAACCCAGCGACACUGUCUCGCUAUCUACUGCUGGACUUGUUCGGGACUGGGGGGAAGCCACUUGCCCUCUCUAGUGUGCAGCUAUUUCCUCCAAGUGAUGUAGCUCCUACCGACUCCGAAACGCUAACAGUCCCAGCUCCGUUGACCUACAAAAUCCACAGUGUGAGCUCACAAUUCGCCACUACGGGAGCAGGAUCGGCUAGCUCGCUCCUGGAUGUUAAGGAUAAUACAGUGUGCUACGUGGCUAGUACGCCAUCCUACCACGAGUGGGUCGUCUUGGAGCUUGAGUGGCCUGUGCAGAUUGGCCUUGUGGACGUCAACACAAAUGUGAGUCAGUGUUCGACUGCAAAUGUGGAGGCUGUGACUGAGUUCUCUGUGGCUUCUCAUGGCUCUGUACUGGACAAUAUCCGCAGUGAAGACGCGUCUGGAGCUCUAACAGCUGACGGUUCUUCGACUACUUGUCAGCUAAAUGCUGCGGGCGUUGUGACUUCUCCGUCUCCACACUGUACAAAUUACGUUUGUACAGAUGCAGAGUGUCAAUCCCCCGUGCGAGCUAAAAGUUCAGCUGGAAGCAGUUUAGUUCUCAGCGAUUUCGUUGAUCUCGUGGCACUUGGAAAGCCCCAGCUGUUACCACUGGAUCGGCUUCCGCUGUCUGUGAACGAGAACCGCGCUUUGCUCUUACGUGAUAACCCGGUAGUAAUCUGGCCAUUCGAUGAUGCUCCUAAAGUCCUUGUAAGCAAUGAUGAAGGUGAGGCCUCGUGGGGAGGCAAUAGUCGAGCUACGGGCGCAUUAGAGCUGAAAACGUCGUCGUCUUUGGUGGAUUUGGAGUCUGAUGAUAACAUGGAAGGCACUUUCUUCUCAGCUGCAGUCGCAGUUCAGCCAGCUAUGAGCUCGUUCUCACUGGAAUUCUGGUUUCUUCCCAAAGGCAGCCUCCCUGUUAACGUUGUUAGCAUGUAUGGCAAAGAUGCAACUGGGAAUCAAGUGAAGUUUGGGAAUGUUGGAGUGAGCAGUAGAACAGGGAGAUUUUACUUUGAAAUGACCAACCCGGACGACAGAAUGGUCUGUAGAACCGAUCUUGGUGCAGAUUCUAUUGUACUGCCCUUUGCGGAGACCUGGCAUCAAGUUGUAGCCAUCUACGACCCGAGUUCAUCCAGUAUUUCUCUCUCCAUUUGCGUCUCGGGAGGGCUACAAAUUGCAAACUGCUAUACAAACACGACCUUGUGCAGCAUGGCUCUACUCAGUUUAAAACAAAAGAAAUUUCGUCUCGGAGCUGCGGAUUCGGAUGUUGGUUUUGUGGGGAUGAUUGCGAGUGCUUCUUGGUUCGUUCGAGCCUUGACAGGUACAGAGAUUAUGGAUCAUUAUCACGAUUUUCUCGACGGCGUGUCGACCGAAGCCACUGCAGCUCACAACACUUACUCGAUCCAGUUAUCAGCCAGACCUUUGCAACCUGUAACGGUUAAGAUCAGCGCCGAGAGUGCUUGUUACCGCUUUAACUUAUGUAACAUAUCGGUUGUUCCAUCGAUGCUAAAAUUCACGACGGAGAAAUGGAAAUUCCCUCGAUUGGUACACGUUCUCGCUACGGAUGACCAACUCUUCGAAGGUUUGCACUACUCGGAUAUUUUCCAUGCAGCGUCGAGUCCACCACUGUAUCAACUCACUUCGAUAGCGUCUACAUCUAGUGUGAACAGUAUUACUGAUGCAGAAGAGCUUCUGCAGAAUCUUACGAAGUCUGUUACGGAGUUUUAUCGCGAUCUCGUAGUUCGCAAGGUGUUCGGGAACUCUAGCGAACAAUUGUUACGCCAAGACGCUUUAAUGGAGCUCCACCGUAGCUGGGCCAAGCAAAUUGUACACAACGUCGCAGUGGCGGCCAACGCGUACGCUGAGACGAUCCCAAUCAUGCCUUUAAUGGUGUCGAUCGCAGAUUUAACGGUGCCGGGUAUUGAGUUCUCGACGGCGUCGCUAAGUGUAUCAGAGGACGGGAAAGGUAACGACUAUCAAGUGGUGCUGCUGUCAGAGCCAACCGAGGAAGUCCGUGUGAAGCUUCAUGUUGCAUCAGGAUGUUACCGUCGAUGUGUGGGGGAACCUUUGUGUCCUUCGCGUUCGGUGGAGCAAACCGAUGGGAAAUAUGUAGCAUCUGGGGAGGAUUCAUUCUUGACUUGUGGGGGUGAUACGGAGAGUAUGAGUACGAGUACGCUACUGUGUAACAUCACGCUCUCUCCUGACAUUUUGAUAUUUUCGACGAGUGACUGGAGCUUGCCGAAGACUGUGAGAGUUCUUGCAGUUGACGAUCAUCUAGACGAACAAGACGUGCAUGUUACAAUUAUCCGGGCUUCAUCUGAAAGUCUAGAUCCGAUCUACGACGCUCUGGUGCUUCCAGAUGUCGUCGUGGCCAUCGCAGACAAUGACAAGACGAAUAUUUUCUACUCCUCCAACCUGGUUUCGCUAUCUGAGAAGCCUCUAGCCGUUUCUACGCUCAAAUAUCCACACGCAGACUAUUACACACUUCAGCUUCUUACGGAGCCCUAUGCGAAUGUUACAAUAGCGAUGAGUAACGAGGCCAACAAGUCCUGCUAUCGACGAUGUGGCUCCCCAUUCGACGAGACUUCGUGUGGUCUACCUCGUCAACAAAGUGUCAGCCUCGUACAUCUACGCACAAAUUCAACACGCGAGAUUCACCAAAUCUCCUUGCGCAUGACAAAAACCACAGAAGUGCAGCGAAUUGUGACUUUUGCGAGCCAUGUGGACCAGAUCUUCCAGCUCUCGGUGUCCGGUGGCUUUGGUUUGGAGAUACAAACUCUCGUUUUUACGUUUAAUGCCGCAUUUAAAUCGCGUUUUGCGUCUGCGGAUGCCGUAACAGCCGCAACAAAUUACGGUGGUACAUUUACUAUCUCAAACGGAGGUGCGAGCACUUCUGCUCUGGAUUUGUUUUCGACAGCGGUACAAGUGCAAGCAGCGAUAAAUGGGUUAUUUGGUGGGGCAAAUGCUGUAAGUGUGACGAGAGACAUUCAGUAUGCAGCGUCGACUUUAACGUGGUGUGUCACAUUCCUUCGGUUCGUAACUUCGGAUGGUGCUUUCCCUCUGUUAUCUGUAGCGGUGAAUGGAGCGAUUCAAGGUGAACUCACUUGUCAACGUAAACGAGCGAGCAGCUUUCCUACCGGAACAUUAAGACUUGGCUAUGGCUCUGCUACCUUUCAAGUUCCGAUCCUGCCAACGGCAUCUGCUCUGCAAACCACGCUAAGCUCGCAAUCUGGGAUUUAUUCCGUGUCAGUUUCUAGAAGACUGUUGAGUAUUGGCGGCUACGGGUUCGAGUACAUCGUGACCUUCAUGAGUGUGGAAACCUUCUCUAAUCUGGUCGUCGUCUCUGUUUCCAGCGUUGUGGCGUCCGUGGAUGCUACGACACAAUUGGCCACUGCUGUGAAUAUGACCCAGUCACCGAUGCUGAUCGGUGGGUCUUUUGUGAUUGACUUUUUCACCCCACUCAACUUAACCUCUGCAAAGCCCAACCGUACGGCUCCAAUUUUCUGGAAUGACUCGGCGGAAGCCCUUGCGUCCAAGCUCGUGCAACUUCAGGGCAUUGCAAAUGUUACGGUAUCUCGCCAAAAGCUAUCGGCAGAAGGAGGAAUGGCGUGGACUGUUCAGUUUCUUGAAAAUUACGGUAAUAUACCGAGUAUGAUUGUUACGUCGCUUAAUCUAACUGGAAAGGGAGUCACCGUCGGUGUGAACACUAUUCGUGAUGGCGAGUCUUUGCGGGGAAACUUUUCCGUUCAAAUGGGAGGCUGGUUCAAGAAGACAGACCCACGUACAAAUCGCGCCUACAUGAUGAACAUUCCGGUGAAAAAUACGACCCUGUUGCCGUUUAAUUCACCCGCGUGGAGGCUAAAAAAGGCGCUUUUUGCCCUGAAUGUCACGGAAGUAACAAAUGUUACACGAACUGGCGUUGAUUGUGAUAUCUUCGAUGUUUGUUACGGAUAUACGUGGACAGUAAGCUACCUAAAUAGUCCUGGAAAUGUGCCUCCAAUUGCAGCUUUUCCAGACGAAAUAAUGCGCCAGGCGUCUGGUAUGACUAUGACGUCCAGCACUAUCGCUAACGGGACAUAUCUCGGUGGCAGCUUCACGUUACGACUGGAAUUGUUCGACCCAGAGACUAAUCAGACGUACGUUGGUACGACAUGGAGAUUGCCCGUGAAUGUUAGCGCUGUUGGGAUGGACGAAGCACUGGAAGCUCUGCCCUUCGUGCGCUCGAACCGUGAAGCGGAGUACGAUCCAGAGACGAAAAUAUGGCGAGGAAUAAAGUUUGAUAAAGGUGUGCGUGUGUAUCGGGAGGGUCCUUAUCUAGACGGAGGGCAUACGUGGAGGUUGGAGUGGGCUUUGGAGGACUAUCUGCGCUUUGCAGACUUGAAAAUAACGAUGGAUGUGUCGCUCGUAACGCAGGAGAUUAAGCCAUUGCCAGUUCCAUCGGAGCUUGAUCUUCAAGGCAAACCGAGAUGUUCAGCGAUCCCCAGAGCUCAAUUUCAGCCGGAUGUUACGGAUCCUUUGGGUUUGCGUGGUUUCUGUGUGUAUGCUAUUGCGAAUGAGACGGCGCAGGAACGCUUCCUCUGCAACUUCACUGUGCUAAAUCCAUGGAUCGUCUUCACUCCAGAGAACUGGUGCAUCCCACAACAAGUUCAGCUCGAAGCGGUGGACGACUAUAUCGAUGAAUCCACCAAGGCAAACGGUCUAGUGACGUUCUCUAAAGUGACACAUACAGUCUUUAGUGACGACUACAUCUACUUGGCUCUUCCUCUGCCCAAGGUGGCGGUUCAAGUUGAAAGUGACGACGUCGCAAAGGUGCUUGUGUCCGAGACGGCCCUUCAGGUCAGCGAGGACGGGAUUCAAACAGCCCAAUACUAUUUGCAACUCAACUCGGAGCCUCUAGCCGACGUGAAGAUUGUCGUUCUACCUUGGCUGGACGGUAACAAUACGCAGUGUUACCGGUUCGGACUGUGUAACAUUACUCUCCCAGUUAGCGAGUUCGUCUUCACCCCUCGAAAGUGGAAUGUUCCCCAGAAAGUAGCGGUGCUUGCUACAGACGACAGCUUGGACGAGUACGACACACAUCUGACUGGAAUUUCCCAUGUAUCGUACAGUGACGACCCAAAGUACAACGAGAUCCCUACGAUUCCUAAGGUGAAUGUGACAGUCCUCGACAACGACGUGUCAGGGUUCACUGUGGACAAGGCAAGUGUAUUCGUCACGGAAGGUCUUCUUGGAGCUGUUGACUUCUACACAGUCGUGUUAACCUCCGAGCCGUUCGCAAAAGUUACUGUGGCUAUCACCAAUGUUGGAAUUGUGGGGGAUUUCGCCGUUCCCAGCCCCACAAAGCUCGUCUUCUCGUGGCGUAACUGGAACAUCCCACAGACUGUGAACGUCACGGCAUUUGACGAUCGCACCCAGGACGUCGCUGGGUCUACAAGCUCACUUAACCACUCGUUAACUACAAAUGAUAUCAUUUACGCUGGUUUGAAAAACCUGGCGUCAGUUAAGGUGUUCAUAACAGAUAACGACAAGUCAGGGAUCGAGUUAUCAACAAGGGAGCUGCGUGCAGUAGAGAGCAACAAUACUGUGCUCUGGUACAGUGUUCGACUCACCUCGGAGCCCUGGGAGCCUGUGGUUGUCCAACCGAACGCCAGUCAUGACUGCUACCUACGUGUUCAAAGCUCCGAGCGUGUUUGUAACAUCAGUCUGUUGACAACCGAGUUGUACUUCGGAGAAAGUAACUGGAGCAAGUGGCACAAUGUCUCUCUUAUUGCAGUGGAUGACUGGCUCGACGAGGGAAACGUCCACACUGCUCGAAUUUCCCACUCGUCGUCAAGUUCCGAUCCCUUGUACAGUGCUGACUACGCAACAAGUGAGGACGUCAAGCUGUUCAUAACCGAUAACGACGUUUCUUUCGUGAAUAUCACGCUCAGAAGCGCCACCAAACAACUGCACGCUGCGGAAGGAAGUUUCAACGAUUCCUACAGCAUUUUCCUGAACUCGGAGCCGUACGAAUACGUGACUGUAACAUUGCGUCCGACCAUUGAAAAGUUCGUUAGUCACGACACCAAAAGUGUUUUCACUCAGCCUCAAGUUGGUAUUUCCUUCGGUUCGUCGUCGUCUUCGGGCAUGACGCUGCUGAGUACGGAGACUAUCCGAAGCGUUCCACUGAUUUUCACUCCUUUGGAUUGGUCACGACCAAGAAUUGUUACAGUAUUCGCUAUCGACGACGCAAUUCCUGAACCCGCAACUCAGUACUCGACCGUUCUCCACUCAGUCUCCAGUGCAGAUUCUGGUUAUAACAUCUCCAAUAGCUCCAUUGGUGUCGUCAGUGUAUCGGUUAUGGUUAACGACAGGGAAGCAAUUCCCCCGCCUCUGCCAUUAUCUGCAAUGCUCGACAAUUCAGGCUCGAAGAUCAACAUUGCGUUCGACUCAACUGUCUAUCAUGCCGCUUCCAUGGACGUAAGCUCCUCUGGGUCGUACGUUAUUCGAGUCAAGACAUUUCCGUGCAGUCUCGUGUUUAACUUCGCUGCUGUAAAGUACACACUCGGCUCCCAGGCGCAAUGUUUGUGGGUCGAUAUGAAGAAUUUACGUAUCGAGCUGAGUGCUGGAGCGACCAUAACAGCAAGGGAUAAGCUGAUUCUCAACGAUUGCAGCUCGUUCGCAGACCAAUACUGCAACGCCACGAACGUGCUUCGAGCAGGUCCGUCAAGUCGAGCUUUCUCGCAAGCCAGUGUUCUUCUCCAGGUUCCGACGAGUAUCGUUCAGCCAAAUCCAGUUCUCUUGGUACCUGAAAGCGCUGGUAGUUGCGGCUCCUGGUCUGUAGAUGCCUCGCUUUCGACUGGAGCUGGUGGCCGUCCGUUCGCACACUUGCUAUGGUUUGCACUUCCAGUAUCAGCGUUCCCCAGUUCGAUCGACAACGCUAGUCCUGAAGCGGGUCUAGCGUUGUAUCAGAGACUAGAUUUCGGUCUAAAUCUACUCUGUCAGAAGCACAAAACCGACUGGACUACUGGCGUGUCUAGCAUCCCGGUGGUUCCAGCUGCAGACGUCGCACUAGCUAUGGCAGCUAACAGCAACGCAACGUCGGACUUCUCGACGCUUUCCACUAUGGCGCAACUCCGAUCAACAUGUUACCUGCGAUCCAUCACUCAUAAUGCCACGACAGCAAGCGCAUUAAUUGUUCAAGUGAACGGAUCUCUGUUAGAACCAGGCGCGGGAUAUCGGAUCGGUUUAAAACUGGUGAACGCCUUCGCCCAGUCCACCGUCGUCUCAAAAGCCGUCAACGUCCAGGGUUUACCAGGUCCAGCUGUGUUUAUCGUCGGCGAAUCGACCCAAACCGUGACGAGGGUUGGUGCUCCUAUCGUAUUGCAAGUGGACUCUACUGUUAGCUGCCCUACAUUGUCGAGCUUGGAUGUCGCUUAUCGAUGGACAGUAACCAGUAAAAGAAGUGAAAGCGGCGCAGUGACCACCGAGGAUUUCAAUAAGGAGAAUUCAGCUCGAGACCCGCGAGUCUUUCGCUUACCGCGUCCAUCGCUACAAGCUGGUCUAACGUACACGUUCCGAGCCGAAGCGUACAUGAAAGGAGCGUCAGCUAGCCAGGCGUCGAGCAGCUUCGCGUCUAUCGUGGUGUUUGUCGCCAGUAGCCUACCCCAAGUCUCUAUCAAAGGCGGUGACUGUGCGCUGGGCGAACGCGACACAUUAGUGCUCGAUGGCUCGACAACUUCUGACCCAGACGCUUCCAGCUCACCUUUCACGUAUCUGUGGACGUGUCAGGAUGUGACCAACUCGUCCACUGUAGGCUCCUGUAUGAACGCGUCGGUCUGCCCUUCUGUUCCUUUGGCUUUAACCUCGACGAAAUCUGUGCUACGAAUCGCACCGCUCAAUCUAGCUUCAAACCGCCAGCUCAAGUUCUCGUUAACUGCGUCCAAAGGUUCACGUACCGCAACAGCUUUUAGUACAAUUUGGACUGUGGCUGGUCGCCUCCCCGUCGUUCUCGUCACUGCUUCAGCCACGAAGAUGAAUCCUUCCAGUCGUCUGACACUUACGAGUACCGUGACUUCGGACUAUCCGUACACCACGAGAUGGACGCAAACUAUUGGAGAUCUCGAGCUUCCUCGUGCAGAUGUAAGCGAUAUGUUCACACUGCCUCUAACCAGCACCAACAACGCCAUUCGCAGCUUCAAAUUAGCUGCAGGACUCACGUACAAUUUCCGUCUUGUGGCGACCGACACGGUAGGAAAUGUGGGCUUUGGAUCCGUCUCGGUGGUCGUCAACUCGCCGCCUGCUUCGGGGACUUUCGUUGUGAGUCCGCAAUCCGGUUACGCCAUGCAGGAUACGUUUACGUUGACGUGUUCGUUGUGGAGUGACGAUGCAGACGAUUUUCCCCUCACGUACUCGUUUGGCGUGCUCUCCACUGCACAUUUUGAGAUGAUUGAGGAGAAUUCGACAGAUUCCAACACUUUAAUGGCUCAAUUACGGAAAUCCAUGACGCCUAUCGUGGUGAACCAACUCACACCGCUCGCGACCGCAAAGAUGUUCGCUCCUGAAGAUAUGGCGGAUAGCGAGAGCGUGACAGUCUUGGCGUUCAUUAGUGAUCGUCUCGGUGCCGUAGCACUCGCGUUUGAUACGAUCAAGGUGUUGUUACCUGAAGCAGCAAAGUCGUCGCCUGUACUUUACGUUUCCGACAUGUUUGAUGCUAACGGGGCUCUUAAAUCCAGUGCUGGUAAAUCGCAGGAUGUACGUCAAGUCUUGGCAGGAGCUUUAUUGAUGGAAAAGGCUCUCGGUUCGUCAGUAAAAUCACGUCGUCUUGCUAGUUGUCCGGGUGGAUACAUGGGAGACGAUUGCGCUACGGAGAUUGCUGUCGUGCAGAGAGUGAAUGCUGCGAUCUUGGCUACAGUGUCAAAUGCAGUAGGUUCUGUAGAACCUAGUAGCUCGGGGCUUAGCCAACAAGCUCGAGUGCUUGGGUCUGUUAUGCGAGCCGCACCGCAGGUGUUGACGGAAGCGCAGAUUGGUCUUGUGACUGAGCUCUGCAGUGGAAUUGCAGGUAGCGCUCUAACGCUAGACGUCCCAGAUGAAUUUCUAGACACGACAAGUGCUACAUUGCUAGAGGUCAUUUCUCUUCUCCUCCGACUUGAGAGCUCUAGCACUGAGAAGAGCAACUGGGAUAAUAUGGUGCGCACGCUUCAAUCACUCGCAGUACUGAGCAGUGACGACUUGCUGGUUGAUGAACCUCCUGCUGUUCUUGAAGGUGGCGAUGUACGCACGUAUUCAGCUAAAGGCUCGAGCUUCCGAGAUCAAGUAUCGAUGACGCUUACGUCCACCGCAGUGGCGUGUCUGGGCUCGGAUCUGUACUUGAAUGCCUUGUCGCUCGUCAACACUCCACACUCUGCCUGCACUCUCAACGGCUCGGAGCCAGUUUCGAGACGAACUUUGUUCUCAGUACACUCGCAAGCUGCUGUGGAAAAGGCUGCCAGAGUAACGACGUACGCUUCCAAUACUGGAGUUCAAAUGCAGACUCUACCGAGUACAAGCGCCUGUGUUAAAGCUGCUUCCGAGUCAACGCGUCGUCUGGAAUCCGAUGCUACCGAGGCGGAGCAGUGGAUGCCACUGGCUGCUCUCACUAUUCCUCAUGAACGUGAACUAUCAGCUAUUGAAAGGAGCAAUUUCUCCACAUCUUGUCGUACAUGGAGCGCCGAGGCUUCGAGUUGGUCUGUGGACGUGUGUUUCAAGGAUGAUAGCGCCAGUACCAGCGAGUUCACCGUGUGUUACUGCACGCAGAUCGAGUCUUCUCUCGAAAUUUUAGUGACGCUAGACGAACGUUUGGACUUCUACGCUCUACAUCGGGAUCUGUACCGGAACGAUGAGCCUUCUCUCGUUGUCAGCGCAACUUUGGCUGUUCUUGUUGGGGUCUUUGUUAUGGUCGCAAAACUCGGUCAGCGACUUGAUGCACGAGAUGUUAAGCGCGACAAGCAACUGACAAUCAAGAGACUUAAUCGCGCCAAGUGGAGCGAACUGGAAGCGCGAAUGCAGGUCAAUAACGUGUUCGAGGACUUUGACGCUCACUACGUCGCCCAGCAGCAGCAAAAACGACUGGAAACCCGUCCUUCUGAGGCCUCAACAGCAGUCACGGAUGUAGGGGAGUCGUCAGCGUUGUUCGCUUCGUCCGUGCGUGGACUCCCCGAUGAAGCUCGCACUUUAUUCGGGUCAUCUACCCUCGUGGAUCGACAGUAUCGACGCGUAACGUUCCUCUUCCGAGUGAGCAAUCUGCUGCUAGUUAUCCUGGGAAUUGUACUGCUAAUUGCUGGAAUCGAGGUGCAGUUUGUACUGGGGCGAACUCCCGCUGAACUUGUGCUGUACUUGUACGGCGGACCGCUGGGAUUUACGCUCAUGAUUGGCGGUGCAGUGUUGAUAGCAUCGGGUAUCGCAGGCGUUCUUCUUGCACGACGAGACGCUUCAAACGCGGCUCGAACGGCGUACUUGACAGCGUUGGGUCUUGGCUUGUUGGCUCAAUUCCUGGUUGUGAUGUUCGCCUUUCAUUUGCUCAGCAACUUUGACGCCAUGCCGCACGGUGUAGCACUUGCACUACGCUCGAAAUGGGACGCGUUGUCCGUCGAUUCCCAGACUCAGCUCCAAGUAUCCUAUGCGUGUUGUGGGUUUCUAUCCAUCAAUGAGGAAGAGUCUUGUCCAGAAGAAGCGCUAGAUGCUGUGGCCUCUCGAACGUGCUCGGUAGUCCUCGGAGCCCAGGCGUCCACUUUGUUCUCCAGCUCGUUCAAGUACGUCGAAAUUGUGCUGGUCGUGGAGAUUGCAUGUGUCGCACUAGCCAAUUUUCUCGUUCGGUGGCGUCGAAUUCGACUGGUCCAACUUGCUAGCAGUAAUUCCGCUGAUAGUGCUGAGGCGACUAUCGUUCGCUCCUUGGUAUCAGCUGCACUUCUGUGCUCACUGCCUCCGCUGUACGCGUUGCUAGCCUGUGCUGCCGUGGGUGGAGUUCUCUUUGGAGUUGAUUUGAUGCUACACUGGGGAGCAUUGGAGGAUCCACUUGUAUCUGCGUUGUUUGGAGUUGAAACCGGAGUUUUCAUCCUUGCUGGAGCUGUGGUGUACCUGGUUAUUACGCUCUGGGCACUAAGAGCCCUGGGUAGACGAGAUGUACGAGCUCUUCGCUGGGUUCUGGGAUCAUCGUUGGUAUUUUUACUGCUCAAUUUAGCAGUGCGAGCGUACAUUGGGCGCCUUCUUGCAGACUUUUACUUGGACCCGUCGAUCCUUGAAGCAAUUGAGGCGAAGUAUGUGAAAUUGUCACACUCAACAUUGCUAGAUUUGGAGAUGGAAUUGGAGUGUUGUGGCUUCACCAGUGGCGCACAAGGGGCCUGUGUGGAAGGUUCGUCCGAUGCGGAUAUACCUAUUUGUCGCGAGCAAGUGGAGAGUGCUUUGACGCGGUCGUUAGCUCUCGCAACGGAUCGUCUCGCGGGUUUCCUAUUGGCUCAGACGGUCGUAUUCGUUCUCUUGGCUUGGCUGUGCUUCCGACUUCGACGAUUUUCUAGUGUGGCUGCAAUUCGAUCAACACCAGUCGGCGAAGCUGCUUGUGAUCCACCAACGCUAUCUCAGAAGGUGUGUGCCAGUGGAUUAUUGGUACUGAAUUUGGGAGCUGUAGCGGCGGGGGUUGGAAUCUUGUGUCUAGGCAUUGACGUCCUCUUCGAGCUCAACGUGCUGCAAAUGUCGUACCUGUUACGCGUAUAUGAUCGUCGUCUUGGCGUUUAUUUGCUCUUCUUUGGAGGUACGAUGGAGAUAUUUGCCUUGCUUGGCGGUAUUGUAGCGUGGCUUGGCGCGCAAGGAACAAACACGCAACCAUCACGAAUGAGAUGGACUAGAAAAUGGCUGGCGAUAUGCUACUCGCUCGCAUGUGCCGUGCUGUUCGUCGCUGCGUUCAUAUUUGCUGGCGUGAGGCACAAGCUCUCGUCUCAGUAUACACCAAUCACUGACGCUACUGUCGAAACCGAAGCCAUUGAUACACGGAUGACAGAUCUCUGGAUCUCUGCUCCAUCAAAUACGAAGUUGUUCGUGCAGAACUCGCUUCAGUGUUGUGGUUAUGAGCGCAUUGAAGCUGCUAAUGGUUCAGUGUCGUACACUCUACAAGUCGAGAAAUUCGGGUGGCGGCGCCUCGCAUCGACGGCCACGUAUCAGGUGUACAGCUCGCGAAAUGCGUUGGACUCCCGAAAGACACGUAUACUCACUGACACGAAGGCCGAGUCGACACGGUUGAGCAGCCAUCAAUGCCCCACGAAUGCCUCGGACGGAUGUGCUGCGCCAAUGAAGCAGUAUGUCUCUCGUGUGGCACGAAGCGCCUGGCAGUUAUGCGCUGGUGUAGCUGGCUUUACUGUCACAGCUUUAGUCUGCGCUUGCGGCUUACAGGACACCAAUCAACGUGAGAGGAAUUGGAAUCCUCACUGGAGACUUCGCGUUAAACGGACAGUAUUUCUGGUGCUUGUUCUAGCUGGAAUAUUAUCCACGUUAGCAUGUUUUAUCCUUGGCUUGGAUGUGGCCGUUGGGUGGACACUUUUCAGCUCUAGCGCCUUCCAAAUGGUGUUCGCUCGAUCCAUGGGUGCGUCCUUGAUGGUGUACGGAGUGCUCGCUGUAUGCACUCAAGUGUACUCGUCUCGAGCAGCUCUUCACUUCAGUGUCCAUCAACUGUUCUUGCAAUGUGCAACUCGAAUCGUACUUGCCUCGGCACUGUUUGCAGCUGUAGGACUCACAGCUCACCUUUCGCACUACUCGUCGCUGUCAGAGGAGAGCUGGCAUGCCCAACUCGAAAGUUUCCUGGAUGGCCAAUGGAGUCUUCUGACACCAGUGACGCAGAAUACGAUAGCUCUUGAGUUCUCGUGCUGUGGUUUUAAUGAUCCCAUGCUUGUGCCCGGCCAAGGUGUCGUGUUCGACCGGCCAGCACUCGGAUACCCAGCAUGUUCACUGUCGAUCUCUCGUGGUUGCAAAGGCCCCCUUAUGACGGGAGUGGAGUCGUCUUUUGCCUGGUUGUUUGCGUUCCUUCUAGCGUUAGCGCUCUUGGAAAUUGCGUGUAUGGUGCUGGGUGCUCUCGUACUACACGACGUCCGCAACUACGAAGCAGAGGCCUGGUUCCAUCUCGAGAGUAGACUACGUUACGUGGCAGGUCGCUUCCGGCGCGAUUUCCGUCAACAGCAUGUGUUGAUUUCAGUCGGUGCAAGGUUUGACCCUCGUCUUACUCGAACACAACGAGCUGUUAGUGUGCUUUGUGCGUGGGCUGCGUCACUCGCAGUGUAUGCGGGUUAUUUUGCCACAAAAGGCUGCUACAGGACCUCACUUAAGUCGUGCGAACAACCUGGUGUAGGCGAGUUGAUCGGCCUCGGUCUUGUUUACGGUGGGGCGGUCGGACUCGCAGUGCAAACGUGUGCCGUCGCGUUAUUUGAACACGUUCGACACCGAGCAGACGACGAGACCAAGGAAGUCGCCACCGCUCGACAACGAAAGGAGAAAGUGCUGUUGUUCCGUAGACCUUGGUUUCGACGUCGACGUCCAGAGGAUCAGGAGCUCUCCAAAACUACGGAACAAUCUGCACUUACCCAUGACGCGUCUACGCUUGAAGGAACGCAGACCACGACCGAGGAACGCUGGUUCGUGUGGCUUACACGCUUUGUGGCGUUGGUAUUCCAGACUUGCGGCGUGGCCUUGUUCCUAGGAGGUUGUGCACUAGCCACUCUGCUUGGACUCCUUCGCUUAGGUUACAAUAAUUCUCUGUACGGAGUUCCGCUGGAUGAGGAUGUCUUUGAGCUGCUUGCAGUUGCUGGAGCUCUUAUCGUCGUCGCGUUGGUCGCAGCACUAGCGAACGAUCUCCGGGAUCAGCAUCUGAAGCGAUCGAAUCGCCGAAAAGCGACUCCAGUCAUUGUGGUACUCGUAAUCGUAGCGAUCAUUGCUGUGCUGGCGCUUAUAGCUGGGCUCUUGGCUGUCUUCAUGAUCCACGAGGUGGUUCAAGAUGAUGCCAAUGCGUUGAAUAGUUGGAGUGUUCGUACGACAGGCUUCAGUGUCGUGGAACGGCUCGAGACUGCGUGGAAAGAAGAGCUGACGGGCUACGCCAGAGACUCCGUUCAGCAGGAGCUACGUUGUUGUGGGUUUUGGAGCGCUACAGACGCACCGUUUUUGCCGUGUCCUCACGGAGAUCCAGUAGAAGUCACUUAUGAAGCUUUGAGUGUGAGUGGCGCGAUCGUGACGGAAACAAAGCACGAGUUUACGACGUUGCCGGGAUGUCGCGCUGGGAUGCUUGCUCGCUUCCAUAAUGGAGCGGAUGUGGCGACAUACUGCGCGUUGGCGGCGGCAGGACUUUUGAUCCUGACGGUAGUCACCUCGCUCUUCCUGACUCACGAGUUAGCUAUCUCCAAAGACGCCAAACUCAAGCUGCGAGUACCAGAUACCGAAGACGAGGUCAAGCGAGACGUGAGAGAGACGUUUGAGACUGUGGUCGGGCUUAAGAUCGCGGCUCCGGCUCGUGGCAAACUGCGCUCUCAAAUACUGGCUUCAAGUCUGGACAGUGUUUCACCCUCCGUGGCUAGCGAGUUGGCAGCAGUACCGUUGAAGCAUGAAGAGAUGGUGAUCUCCAGUACUCCUGCGGGCCAAGAAGACUUCGUCGCGGCGAAGAUUGAGCCCAGUGUCGAUGUUGGUGAGGACAGUUCCACCGUUCCGUACCCAGCAUGGAUUGUGUAUGUGGUGUUUGCGAUGUGUCUGGCGUGGCUAGCGACCAUGGCGUAUUUGGUGGCGAUAAGUGCGAUGGAGCUUGGAUUGGCUACUUCUUGGCGCUGCGUUCUUGCCUGGGCGACUGGUGUAGCCAUCCAGGAGCUGAUAGUGGAGCCUAUUGUGAUACUCGCAUCCAUCGUUGCUCGUACACUGCGUGACUGGUGGUCUCACACUUUAGUUGCGAGAGUCAUCCGACGUGGGCGUGCCUUGCUGCGUAUUGGUCCGCAAGACGCCGAAGCCUUGGAACGUGAGCAACUAGGCGACUCUUUGACUCUGUACGAUCGCCUUCGCUACGCUGCUGCUGUUCGGAUCCAGCGUCGUUUGCUCACUCGAGUCACCCGAGCACGAUACCUGCGUCAACUACGAGCUCACAAGCAGGAUCAGCACCGGUUACUGGCUAUCGAAGCCUUCAGGUUGUUGUUCGCGGCGGCGGAUGCAGCUCAGCUCGGCUUGGUCUCCCACACUGCCAUCGCCCAGGCCGUGUACGAGUUGGGCGUCCAUGUACCCGCCCCAAAAGUCCGCGAGCUGCUUGAAGCGUUCGAUCCAGCGUAUGCAGACCUCGUGGACUUUGAGCAUUUCCUGUACGGCAUGCACUGUGUCCGCCUGUACCAUCAGCAGCUGCAGACUCCGCCCACAGAAGCUACCGAGCAGCCAGCGAAGGCUAAAGCCAAAGACGAGAAGUUGGUGAGCUCGUCGGAUCGAUUCGGGCCGCGCGCAGAUCCACGAGCGGAAUUGUUGGUCAAGCGCCAAAAUCUGCUACGAGAGCUGCGAGAUCGUCGCGAGUCGCUCGCACACAAACUGAUGCGGAAGGUAAGUGGGCGGUUGCCGGCAUUAGCGCACCGCGGUAAGAGUGUAAGAACUGCGUCGAUCGAAGAGGGUGACGAAGCGUUAUCAGAAGAAAAAGAAGAAGCUGCUGCCAGUGAGAACUCGGUGCCUCCGACGGGCACCUACGUGUUCUGGCAGAACCGGAAGUUGUCUCCAAAGAAGCGCGCUCUCGAGUCAGCCCUAAAGAAGAAGCACCAAGAGCGAAUACGCCAGCACAAAGCCGAUAACGACGAUGUUCACACGACUGCAAGAGCUGCGGUGACACUUGACGCACCGCCUGAACCAAAGACGUCGGCGAAACAAGCACUCAAGAGCUUGGCUAGCAAAAAAAUCACAGCGUCUCGAGGAAGCACAGCUGAAGCUAAAUCGGACACGGCAACGACACCUUCACAACCACGCACUGAACUACCCACCCCCGCUGUAUCAGAGGAGGCCAAGCCCUUCGGUGCCUACAUGUUGCUCACCAAGCAGCCGCCGCCACUCCGCCCUCAGAAGGUUCCGACAAGACAUACUGAUGAACCAGGUGCCGACAGCGACGCUGUAUCCCGUCCCACGACGGCGGAGAAGACCAAAACUGACGCCCAAAGCGCGCUGGAGAAGGCGCUGCUCAAGAAGCAGAAGGCCAAGUCGAAACCCAAGUUGUAA